AUUCCGCAUGAUCCAACCGAUUUUUCUGUACUCAUACCAUUCCACGUCAUUUUCAACCACAGAAAGUGUUCGGAACUUCCAAAAUUUUGGAACCAAAUAUCAACAUUCCCGGCCCGUUUCAAGAUUUCCAAACUUCCUCUAAUCUAUAUCGCACGCACCAUGAACCGAAACAACGAAGUGUCUGAGCUGAUCGAUGUAGAGAACGCAUUCUACAUCGGCAACUACCAGACGUGCAUCAAUGAGUGUAACAAAAUAUCCAAAGCCUCACUGGAGAAGGACAUCUUCAUGUACCGGUCGUACAUCGCGCAGCACAAGUACCGCGUGGUGCUGGACGAGAUCAAACCGUCAAACGACACGCCACUCCUUGCCCUGCGCUACCUGGCCGAGUACAUGUCCAACAGCGCGCGGAAGGAAGCCAUCGUGUCGAUCUUUGAUGAAAAAUUCCAGGGCGACAUCAACGAGCUGCACGUUGUGUGGAUUAUCGUCGGCGCAAUCAUUUACUGCAACGAGGAAACCUACGAAACGGCUAUGAAGGUUCUGGUGGGAAACUUCAACCUAGAGUGUCUGUCCCUGCACAUGCACUGUCUGCUGAAAAUGUCCCGUGUAGAUCUAGCGAAGCAGGUCGCAACCACGAUGCAGGAAAAGGACGACGAUGCCACCCUUACGCAGCUGUCCCAGGCAUGGCUAAACAUUCAAAUCGUAAGUAUCGCACUAGUAGCACGUGUUGCGCCAACCGGCUCACGGGUAAAACUGUUUGUUCUACCUUACUUGCAGGGCGGUGAAAAGCUGCAGGAUGCUUUCUUCAUCUUCCAAGAUCUGUGCGACAAGUUUUCCCCCACACUGCUGCUGCUGAACGGGCAGGCCGUGUGCUACAUCGGCCAGCAGAAGUACGACGAUGCGGAGCAGGUGCUGCGCGAAUGCUUAAACCGCGACCCGAACAACUACGACACGCUGAUCAAUCUGCUCGCCCUGUCCCAGCAGCGGGACAAAAGCAGCAGCCAGUUUAGCCGCUACCUGGCUCAGAUACUGGACGACCACAAGGGAAGCAGCCUGGUGGCGGCGUACAACAAGCGGCAGGCCGAGUUCGACCGUCUCGUGCUACAGUUUGGUCCGUCGAACAGCAAACCAAUCGACGAGAUAGUUGCGUAAGGUAGUGAAAGUGUGCUCUCCCCUGUGUGCUGCGUAUGUUUAAAUGUAUUCCAUAAACUUUUUAAUUGCAAAAUAGUUCUGCCUCUUCAACAAA